GGUGGCUUUUAUUAAUGGCGCUGGUCAUGUGCGAUUUUUCUAGCGGUUUCUCGUACAAAAUGAGCGUUCAUUUGCUUUCGCUCUUUUUAAUUGUGGUCCAAAGUUAUUAGUGUCGCGGAAGUACUCUUCUCUGUGAAAUAAAGUCAGUAAUCCUGCAUCUGUUCGCAGGAAUUGGUAAUAAGCGAUCACUAUUUCGACUAAACAAGGCGAUGAUACUGAGGCCGAUAUUGUUGACCUGUUCAUCGCGAGAACACGUUUUGAUCAGAUUGUGCAGCACGGCACUUCCAAUGCGAGAUGUCAAACCGAAAUCUCGUCAUGCACGACCAUCGCACUUCGUAGACUGGAAACGAGUCAGAGUCAUCGGAGGACCAGGUGGGGAUGGUUGCAUCUCAUUUAUGAAGCUCUUAUGUAACCCAAAUGCUGGCCCUGAUGGAGGAGAUGGUGGAAAUGGUGGUCAUGUCAUUUUUGAAGCAACUAGCAAUGUCAAGUCCCUGGAGCAUGUAGGCUCAACAAUAUUUGGCAAUGCUGGCCUGCGAGGAUUUGGCAAGGACAUGCAUGGGCGAUCUGGGGAACACACCAUUAUUCCUGUGCCAUUAGGUACUGUGGUGUGUAAUGAGGAAGAGAGCCCUAUAGCUGAUCUGAGCACAGAAGGAAGCCGGUUCCUAGCAGCUCGUGGUGGUGCAGGUGGCCGAGGAAACCAUCAUUUUUUGACAAAUGCAAAUCGUCACCCACGUGUCUGUCAGCUAGGCGCCCAGGGAGAGGCGCUUGUCUAUCAUCUUGAAAUGAAGGCCAUGGCUCAGGCUGGCCUGGUCGGCUUUCCCAAUGUGGGUAAAUCUACUUUGCUGUGUGCCAUUACAAGAGCCCGGCCUAAAGUGGCUGCCUACCCUUUUACAACACUGAGGCCACAUGUGGGUGUUGUGACCUAUGACGAUUACCUACAGUUGGCUGUUGCUGAUCUUCCAGGCCUGGUGGAAGGUGCCCACAAAAACAGAGGCCUGGGCCAUGCUUUCUUGCGGCACGCAGAGCGAUGUGGCUGCCUUCUUUUUGUUGUAGACCUGCAGUGCCCUGACCCAGCAAGCCAGUACACUGUGCUGCUCUCCGAGCUGGAGCUCUACCGUCAGGGUUUUACUGAUGGUGCCCAUGCUGUGAUUGCCAACAAGAUUGACCUGCCUGGUGCACUUGACCGCCUAGAAAUCCUGCGAGAAGAAAUUGGUGGACGUUAUCCCCUGUUUCCAGUGUCUGCAAAAUAUGGCACGAACCUUUUAGAUGUUUUGAAGUACAUCAGGAGUGCAUACGAUGCUUCCACACAACAAAAGCCUUAACCAUUUGUACAUUACAGUGAUAAACUAUCUUUAUAUGAU